AUGGGAACGACGAGCGCGAUAGCCGACCGAAUCAACAUCAAGCGGAAGGGUGCGUGGCCACCUGCGUACCUCUCCGCGCAGAACGUGAUCGACUGCGGCGACGCCGGCACGUGUCAUGGCGGAGGCAUGCUUGGCGUGUACGAGUACGCGCACAAGAACGGCAUACCGGACGAGACGUGCAACAACUACCAGGCGGCCGACCAAAAGUGUGACAAAAUGAAUCAGUGUGGUACUUGCUCCUGGUUCAAGGAAUGCUAUGUGGUGCAGAAAUACAAGCGAUGGUUUGUCGGAGACUAUGGAUCCGUUAGCGGUCGCGAGAAGAUGAUAGCCGAGAUCUUUGCCAACGGUCCAAUCAGAACGAAGCCUCGUCCUCACGAAUACCUACAGUUGAAAGCACUGCCAGAAACAUGGGACUGGCGAAACGUGAAUGGAACAAACUAUGCUAGUACAACGCGAAACCAGCACAUACCUCAGUACUGCGGCUCCUGCUGGGCCAUGGGAACGACGAGCGCGAUAGCCGACCGAAUCAACAUCAAGCGGAAGGGUGCGUGGCCACCUGCGUACCUCUCCGCGCAGAACGUGAUCGACUGCGGCGACGCCGGCACGUGUCAUGGCGGCGGCAUGCUCGGCGUGUACGAGUACGCGCACAAGAACGGCAUACCGGACGAGACGUGCAACAACUACCAGGCGGCCGACCAAAAGUGUGACAAAAUGAAUCAGUGUGGUACUUGCUCCUGGUUCAAGGAAUGCUAUGUGGUGCAGAAAUACAAGCGAUGGUUCGUCGGAGACUAUGGAUCCAUUAGCGGUCGCGAGAAGAUGAUGGCCGAGAUUUUUGCCAACGGUCCAAUCAGUUGUGGAAUCAUGGCAACACAGAGACUUGAACAGAACUACACUGGUGGAAUAUACACGGAAUACGCACUUUUGCCUCAGGUCAACCACAUCAUAUCUGUCGCUGGCUGGGGCAUCGAUCAUGACACUGGCACAGAGUACUGGAUUGUUCGCAACUCUUGGGGAGAGCCGUGGGGAGAGCACGGGUGGUUUAGAAUUGUCACGAGCAAAUACAAGGGUGGCUCCGGUGACCAUUACAAUCUUGCCAUUGAGACAAGUUGUGCCUACGCUGAUCCGAUUAUAAAAUCUACCUUCAUGACGGGAGAAGUUACAGGAUAGGAAAAACUGGAUGUAAAUUUUCGAUUGCCAGGAUAUAAUUUCAAUUUAGUUCACGUCAG